AUGGAUAAGGCAAGGUGCCCGUCUCCCCAUGCAACGCCAAAGCUCCCUGUCAUCCUCAGGAAUCGGAUUAGGGCUCUGGGGGGUUCUGAUGUCACUUUUGUAAUCCAGAAGCCUCUCUUCAAGACUGAUGUGAGUUCCGGUCACAACCGUCUGUCCAUACCGUUGAACCAGAUACAACAAAGUUUCCUCACACCUGAAGAGAGCGAGAGAUUGAACUCGGGAGGAAAUGGAAAAAAAUGUGCAGAUAUGGAAGUGAUGUUGAUUGAGCCCUCCCUUCAUCGGGAAACCAUCAGUCUAAGGAAGUGGAACAUGAAGAAAGCUUUUGGAAAUUCUACCUCAAUGUAUGUGUUGGUGACUAAUUGGAAAUCGGUUACUGAAAUGAAUAGCAUGAAGAAAGAUGAAAUGAUGCAGCUCCGGUCUUUUCGAAUCAAGUCCAAGUUGGGUUUCGCUCUUAUAAAGAGAAGACUACAAGAUGAUCCUAGGAAUCGUUCAUUAAGGGGCAUCCUGGAUAGCUGA